CCCCUCUCUCGCUCUCUCUCUCUUCCUCCCCCUCCUCAAAGUCUUCGCCUCCUGGAGUCGGCACACCCAGCACCUCCCAGCACUGUUCAGUCUGGACCCUUUGGAAGGACAUUUGCUUGGGCAAAAAGCGAGCCUGGGCAGCUGAGCGGAUUGGAAUAACCUAGCGUCCCAGUCCUCCGGGGUGGGUGAGACGAGAAGGAGCCCCUUCGGGAUCGCCAGUUCCUGAGCAUGAUGUCCUAUAUGAAGCAGCCUCAUUAUGCAGUCAAUGGGUUAACCCUAGCGGGACCGGGCAUGGACCUGCUCCACUCCGCCGUGGGAUACCCAACCACCCCACGGAAGCAGCGGCGCGAGCGGACGACCUUCACGCGGGCCCAGCUGGACAUUCUGGAGGCGCUCUUCGCUAAGACCCGCUACCCCGACAUCUUCAUGCGGGAGGAGGUAGCGCUCAAGAUCAACCUGCCGGAGUCCCGGGUACAGGUUUGGUUCAAGAACCGACGGGCCAAAUGCCGCCAGCAACAGCAGCAGAGCAGUGGCCAGGCCAAGGCGCGGCCGGCCAAGAAGAAGAGCUCGCCGGCCCGGGAGACCAGCUCGGAAACCAGCACCAACGGCCAGUACAGCCCCCCACCCGCCGGCGCUUCGGGCACCCCCAGUUCCACGGCCAGCGCCACCGUCUCCAUCUGGAGCCCGGCCUCCAUCUCCCCCAUCCCCGACCCCCUGGCCUCCUCGGCCACCCCAUGCAUGCAGCGCUCCGCCGCCUACCCCAUGACCUACACCCAGGCCACCGGCUACCCCCAGAGCUACGCCGGCUCCUCCGCCUACUUCCCCGGCCUGGACUGCGGCUCCUACCUCUCGCCCAUGCACCCGCAGCUCUCCGCCCCCGGCGCUGCCCUGAGCCCCAUCGCCGCCCCGGCCAUGGGCAGCCACCUCAGCCAGUCUCCGGCCUCCCUGUCCAGCCAGGGCUACGGCACGGCCGGGCUCAGCUUUGGCUCGGUGGAUUGCUUAGACUACAAGGAUCAGACGGCCUCUUGGAAACUCAAUUUCAACGCCGCGGACUGCUUGGAUUACAAAGAUCAGAGCUCCUGGAAGUUCCAGGUCUUGUGAAGUGGCAGGAGGCAGCCAGGGAGACACUCCCUGUCCAUGCUUCCCCCCCCACCCCGAAGGCCCAUCUCUCCCCUCCCCGCUGCCACCUUCUCGAGCCGCCUGGCCUCCGACCCACGUCCGUCGCCAGACUGAGAUUGCAACCAGCAUCGGGGAUCUGACUGAGGGGGGACUCCCCCUUGCCCGGCAUCACGGGGGGUUUGCCCUUCCUUGGAAACUUGCCCUGCUUGGUUGUUCGGGGGCUGAGGACCCCACCCGGCGUGGCCACAUGGGCCCCUCGCGCCGGCGGUGCCUCGGGUUUUUUUUCCGCCUGAGCCCCGGACACGAAAUCUGUCGAGGAAUCUCAGCCGGGAUCCCGCCCUGCUGAUUUCCUUGGGGCGGGGGCUGGCUGGCAUGGCAGCCCCCACAGUCUGUGCCACCCCCAUCACGUGGCACCCGGAUCUGUAGGGGUGGAGCUGGGAAGUGGCACGGCUGGUUCUGGGUGGGAAGUAGCCCCCCGCCCCUGGCAGGUUUCUCCCUAGCCCUGGCCUGAUCCUUCAAAGGGGGCGGGUGGGGGGGUCUGAGCAAAGGAAGUGAAGGGUGGAAAGAAAUAGGGUGUGAGGUGGAGGAGUUAGGUCCAGGCAUGUGCUGCCAGGACUCCUGGGUUCUUUUUCCGGUGUUGGGAGGGGAGCGAGGUUUAGAGAAGUGGGGACCGGGAGUCAGUUCUCCUCAGCUUUAUUUCCAGCUCAGCCAAUGAUUGGGUGUCAGAUGUUCCACCCCGUGCCUCGGUUUCCCCUUCUGUCGUGCCCUCCAUUUGCAUGGGGCCAUGGGAUCUGUGGAUGGACAGCUCUGUGCUUGGCAAAGCUGAGGGCCAGGGCGAAGGGCGUGUGCCGAGGUCACAGCCCAGCGAGGACGGCUUAGGGAGCGUCGGGAUUGAACCGGCUCCAGGUUCAGCUGCCCACAGUCCAGUCAUCCGGAACUGAGGUCCCGUCUCCUCUGGGUGGAGACCUCGCCGGCCACAUCCUGCCAGAGAGAGGGUCGGGUCUGCCCAGCUGGGGCGCCCGCAGCUGAGCUCUGGCCCAGAGGUGGCUGCGUUUCAGCGGCGGGUUCGGGAUGGGAGCCUUUAAUGCUGGAAGCUGAGACGUUGCUGGGUCAAAGGAACAAUGCAGAG